AUGGCAACGAGGGGCGUCUCGGCGCUCAAGUUUGUGGGGACGGUGUCGUUGGGGUUGUUGACGGGCCUCUCCUACACCCUAACAACCCUCACCAUCCCCUCCCUCCUCAACCUCCCCUCCGCCACCACAGCCCUCCGCGCCUUUGACUCCCUCACCACAACCUCGACCAAACAACUCCGAUCCCUCUCCGGCCUCUCCGGAACCGCCUUCCUCCUCGCAUACUAUCUCUCCCCCAAACCCCUCCGCCACCCCUACCUCCUCUACACCUCGGCCCUCAUCCUCGGCUCCCAGCUCGUCGUGACGGAUUUGGUCGCUCCUUACAUCUCCCUCGGACCUUCUUCCCCCGCCACCACUGCCGGCAGCAAGAAGUCCUUCCCCCAGCAAAAGAAGAAGAAGCCCUCUGCCUCUGCCCGCGCGAGAAUGGAAGCCAGCUACGAGGUCCUUGGUGAAGAGCAAGAGGAAGAGAGCGAGGAGGAUGAGGUGUUGGAGGUUGGGGAGGAGGCGAACGGGGAGGAGGUGAGGGCCAAGGUGGAGGGGUGGCUCAAGAAGCAGGUUGUCCAGGUGUCUGUCUUGGGACUGGGGUUCUUCAUGUCGGUUGUGGGGAUUUGGGGGGAUGGGGUGGUGAAUGUUUAUGGGAGGGUUUAA